AAAUCAAAAAUUAAUGAUUUUCUAAUCAGAUAUUGGCAUUAUGAUGAUAAUGAAUUAUCAUUUGAAUUUCGAUAUUAUUUGGCUCAAUAUUAUCGAAAAACUCGUUUUAUUGCUACUAUUUCUUAUCGAUUUUUCACCAUCGGAGCAUUAGUUAUUUAUUUUAUUUUCAGUCAUUUCACAUAUUAUUUAUAUGAAUGUUCUCAGAUUAAUUUGAUUCAAUUUAUAUUAUCAGAAAUAUUUUUCUUUUUAUUAAUUUGUCAAUCAAUUUUUCUAAUUGGUGAAUCAUUAAUGAUGUUAAUCAUUCGUAAACGAAAAUUAUUCUGGUAUCGAUUCCAUUCCGAUUAUGUCUAUCUCUAUAGUGAAACUGAAAAAUUUAAUUCAAUACUUCGAUAUAUAUUAUUUAUUAUUGAAUUAAUGUCUAAAUCUUUAAUUAUAAUUUGUUUAUUAUAUUAUAGUCAUCAAUUAAAAAUGCAUAUACAAAAUACUAUCGUCAUACUAAUAAUCAUAGCAAUGUUCUUUUUGAUAAAUAUUCUUAAUUUUCGUAUAGCUCAAAUACCAUCAUAUAAUCGUAUUUGUUGGUUAUCAAUACAUCGUUGGAUUGCUCGAUCACAAUGGUUAAAUUUGCAACGAAAACAAUUUAUCAAUAGAUUGCCCCUACGAUAUUCACUUAAGUCACGUCUAUUUUUACAAUCGAUGACCAACAAUCAAUUUGGUUUUACUUGUGGUCCAACCUAA